AUGUCGAACGAGAACAAUGGCAUGCAGAGGGGUCCAGUCAGCUCUUCUGCUGACAGGCGCACCGAUAUUGCGAGUCAGCAGGAGGUUGGAGAGACUUACAGUCGGGACUCGGCAAAUAAAAGCCCAACUUCUCCCAGACCGAAGGAGGGCCGGGUUGUGUCGACGCAUCAAUACGUAGAUGACAUUGAUGACACGGGAGAUCCGCACUGCGGUGAUGCUGUCUCGAAAGAAUGUUUUAUAGCGGGCCACUUUGACUGGUGCCUCACCCACCAACAUAUAGCGAAUUACACCGAGGCUGGAAAGAGAUGCCUGCAUGCGGACGCAAAUGGCUACAAUUGCGCUAUCGAGUAUGGCGAGUUCUUGGAGGAGGAUGAAUCGGAUUCGGAGUCUGCUGAACCGGCUGAGAAUCAGACGGCAAAUAACGGUAAACCGUCCAAGUAG